AUGCCCAUCCUCCGCUCCAGCCAGCCCCGCCGCACCCGCCACACCACCACCAAGACCUCUCGCUCCAACGGCGGUCUCUUCUCCCGCCGCCGUCAGCCCGCCCGUACCACCCACACCACGACGACCACCACCACUACUCACCGUCAGCACGCUGGUGCCACGGCGCCCCGGGGUGGUUUCUUCUCCCGCCGCCGCGGCCCCGUCGUUCACCAUCAGCAGCGCAAGCCCUCGAUGGGCGACAAGAUCUCCGGCGCCAUGCUCCGCCUCAAGGGCAGCCUCACCCGCCGCCCCGGCCAGAAGGCCGCUGGCACGCGCCGCAUGAACGGCACCGACGGUCGUGGCUCGCACCGCACUCGCCGCUGGUAA